UUUAAACAAGGAGAGAUGAACAGGGCUGUAGAAGGGCAUUAACCCAGCAGCAGGACCGACACACACUACUUUGUGUUCGAAGGAACUGGAGGAACACUGUCAGAGCCCUACACAAUGACCACCAGCUGGCUAGUGGUUUGCAUGUUCCUGACCAAAUUGUCAGAACAGACUGAGGGGACACAAGGGCCCGAAGUCCUCUGGUGGGACCUGUGCUUACUGCCCAGCACCACGCAGCUCGAUUGGCAUUUGUGUGAGAACACCAGAAUUUGCAGGUCUGCCAUUGACUCCCAUUCUCUUCACAGAUGAGAGCAGGUUCUCACUGUGUGCCUGGAGAAGCGGUGGUGAACAUUAUGCUGCCUAUAACACCCAUUAUGACUGGUUUGGUGGUGGGUCAGUGAUCUUUAUGUCAUAGCUAAUGGUACCCUGACUGCUGUUAGCUACCGUUGAUGCCAUUGACUGGCCCUAUUGUUCCUCUGACCAAAAUCUAAUUAAGCACCUAUGGACAUUAUGUAUCAGUGCAUCCAACACCACCAAGUACCACCACAGGCUGUGUCUGAUAAAAUUCACACAAGUUGAGAUCAGCCAGUGAUGUACAUUUCUUACUUUGAUUUUUGGUGUGAUUGUGAAUGAAGCCUUAUAUGGGUUAAUGAUUUUGGUUUUCAUUGAUCAUGUCAUUUUGAUCUCUACAAAUUAAACAAUUUACCUCAGUAAAGAUUCUCACCUUGAAUAAUUUGUUCAUCAAGAUCUGAUGUGAGAUUAAAGCAUUCCAUUAAUUGUUUUGAGCAAUCAACUCAAUGGAAUGCACCUGUUUUUAAUCUGACACCUGUGCUUUUUCCUGUUGGGCCAUUCCAACACAAAAAGGAUCUAACUGGCACACCACUACACUUUUAUGGCUUACUGGGACAGCUAAUGGAACAUAGCCAUCUUUGAUGUUUAUAGUAGCCUGUAAUUUUCCUACUGUGAAAAAGCUACACAAAAGAAAAAGAGCCUCUUAAUGGGCAUGCACAGGCUUUGAUAAACCAGUGAGCUUCCUUUGGCGGUCACUUGCUGAACUAUAAUUUCUGCGUAAUACAAAAUACAACUGAUGAUUUAAAACAAAGCAUGUGUGUUCUGCUGACUGGAUACACAGUCUCGGAUCGUAACAAAUGAGCAGCACCUCCCUUUUGAAUGUGGUGUUGGAGCUCAGCUCAUGCCCAGCUGCAUUCCUAAUAUGGACAGGAAUCUCAAGAUUAUAGAAAGCUGUUGAGAUGUGCAACACAAUCACUGCAAGGAGCGAGGCAAUGAGCGUUAUCUUAUGGCAUUAUCUGAAGGUGUGCUGCAAGUUUAUGGAUUCUGCAACCAUUAUUAACCCGGCUCCCGAAUAAAACAGCGAGGUUAUUGUUGCUCUCAAUAACCGUAAAUGAAUAGGUCCGAGAAGUUUUCCGUGUUUGUUUUUAUAAUCGUAUAUCGUUCUCAGACAUAUUUAUACAUGCGAAUGCCGUCAUUUGAAUUAAGAAAGCAACUACCCGUUAUUAGCAAUUGUAUGGUUAUAAAAACUGGUCCUUUUGCUCCUGUUUAUGUUAGUUAAUUGUAGUUGUUUAUCGAUGCAAUGUAGGGGGAUUCAUCUAUCUCUUCGCCGUUGUGACAUCUUUGUGGUGUUUUGUCACGCAGAACUGGUUUUGACUGGUUUAAUCCAGUUCUGUGAGCAUGCGCACUCGGUGUAAACAGGAAGAACCGACUGAAAACCAGGACAAAUCUACCAUAAAGAGAAGAAAAUGAUCGGAGAAAAACGAACGAACGUAUUGUUUUUCAUUAUAUAUUAAACCAGGCAAAUGUUGUCAUAUAGCACCUGCUAGUUAUUUCGAGUACAUGUUGGAGAAGCAGUCGCUGAAUUUUCGACAUUUUUGAUAGACUCGUUAGUACUGUACGGUAGCGAACAUUAACGGUAGACAGACAGUGACGCGAUUUGUUUCCUCCUCUUGACGAUUUUUUUCUGCUAAAACCAGUCAAAAAUAAUUCAGUGCUCUCUUGAUUCAUCUGAAUUUGGUGACUUUACACCGAGGGAAAUCUCUAGCAAUGGUUCAGAAGGAUAAGACGUUGGAGACGCCUCAAGUGGACGGUGAAUCGAGCCCCAGCCCAGUCUCCGGAGAGGCUUGUGCCGAGGCCCCCGGCCCGGUGGAAGAGUCCAGCAUUGGAGUCGAACCGACGGGGCACAGAAAAUUCAGCUGUGGAGUCGUGGAAGGCUUUUAUGGUCGACCAUGGACAAUGGAACAGAGGAAAGAGUUGUUCAGAAGACAGCAGAAAUGGGGAAUGAAUACAUACCUUUAUGCACCCAAAGAUGACUACAAACACAGAAUGUUCUGGAGAGAGCUGUACUCUGUGGAAGAAGCAGAGCAACUUAUGACUUUGAUUGGUGCUGCAAAGGAGCAUGGGAUAGAGUUCAUCUAUGCCAUUUCCCCUGGUCUUGACAUCACCUUCUCCAAUCAGAAAGAGGUUUCUGCACUCAAGAGGAAACUUGAUCAGGUUACUCACUUUGGCUGCAAGUCAUUUGCCUUACUUUUUGACGAUAUUGACCACAACAUGUGCCCUGCUGACAAAGAGGUGUUCAGCUCCUUUGCACACGCUCAGGUUUCCAUUACCAAUGAGAUCUACCAGUACCUGGGAGAACCCGAAACCUUCCUCUUCUGUCCCACAGAAUACUGUGGAACCUUUUGCUACCCAAGUGUCUCUCAGUCCCCUUACCUCCACACAGUAGGAGAGAAGCUCCUGCCUGACAUUGAAGUGCUAUGGACAGGUCCCAAGGUUGUAUCCAAAGACAUCACAGUGGAGUCAAUUGAAGAGGUGUCAAAAAUCCUAAGAAGAGCCCCUGUGAUCUGGGACAAUAUUCACGCAAAUGAUUAUGACCAGAAGAGGCUUUUCUUGGGUCCAUACAAGGGCCGUUCGACAGAGCUCAUCCCCAGGCUGAAGGGAGUCCUCACCAACCCAAACUGCGAAUUUGAGUCCAACUUUGUAGCAAUCCACACUCUGGCUACCUGGUACAAGUCUAAUAUGAAUGGUGUGCGCAAGGAUGUGGUCAUGACGGACGGCGAGGACAGCACAGUGUCCAUCCAGAUCAAGUUAGAGAAUGAAGGCAGUGAUGAAGAGCUGGAGACAGACAUGCUCUACAGCCCACAGCAUGCUCUAAAACUGGCUCUCACCGAAUGGCUCGGGGACUUUGUUGUGCCCCAUCAAUACAACAGCCGACAGGUGCCUCAGAGUGGUGCCAAAAGCACAGCCAUCGACACGUCAUCCAUGGCCGCUCCAUCUCUCUGCUCUUCCACAACAGUCACGACUGUGUUCCAGCAGCCCAUCAUGUCUCCAUGUCUGGAUCCACUCUCACACCCGAUGGCAAAGAUACCUCAGGAGGUAGAGGAGGUGGAGGUUGAGAAGAAGGAAUCGGAUGAGGAGCCCAUGGAGAUGGUGGUUGAGAAGCUGGAUGAGCCAGAGCCAGAAGCAGAAGCUGACCCAGAGGAGAAGCAGGACAGUCCAGUCUCAACUGACAAGAUGGCAGAGGACCUAAAGCCCAUGGAUACAGACAAGGAGAGUCUGACAGAGUCAAAGUCCCCUGAAGAGUUGAUCCAGGAGGACCCUGGGAGUGAUAUCGCCCCCAUGCAGACAGAUGAUCAGCUCAAGCAGGAUUUGUUUCUGCCAGGGCCCAAUGAGAAGCCCCUGUUCACAACAGAUCCUGUCACACUUGAGGACCUGAGCUUGCUGGCAGAGCUCUUCUACCUGCCUUACGAACAUGGACCCAAGGCCAUGCAGAUGUUAAAGGAAUUCAACUGGCUGAGAGCCAACAGCAGCGUCGUCAGUGUCAACUGCAAGAGAAAGGAAACGGAAAAGGUGGCAGAAUGGCAAUCAAGGGCCGAGAAGUUUGAGGACAUGUGCUGCUCGGUCAUCCAGAUGUUCACACGGCUGUCCAACUCAGCCAACCGCACCAUCCUGUACGACCUCUACUCUUACAUCUGGGACAUCAAGAGCAUCAUUUCCAUGAUCAAGUCCUUUGUCCAGUGGCUAGGGUGUCGUAGUCAGUCCUCAGCACAAUUCCUUAGAGGAGACCAAGAACCCUGGGCCUUUAGGGGAGGUCUAGCAGGAGAGUUCCAGAGAUUGUUGCCAAUAGAAGCGGCAAACGAUCUUUUCCACCAACCUCCACCUUCGAUGCCAACCUCAAAAACCUAUACCAUAAGGCCAUACUUUCCCAAAGAUGAGACUGCGAUUUAUAAAAUCUGUAAAGAAAUGUACUCUGAAGGAAUGGAGGAUGUCCCCGCCUCUGAUGAUGAUUCCGACCUCAUAGGAGACAGGUUAGUAGGAGGCCUCCUGUCAGUGAGUCCAGACUACGGGUUUGUGCUGGAGGACGAUGAAGGGAUCUGUGGUUACGCUCUCGGCACUGCGGACGUCCAGCCCUUUGUCAAGAAAUGCAAGCUGAGCUGGAUUCCCUUCAUGCAAGAGAAAUACCUCAAACCUGACUGUGAGAAGGAUCUCACAGAUGCUGAAAAGAUGAUGCUGAGUUUCCACGAAGAGGAGGAGGGUCUUCCCGCCUCUUUCCUCUCCAACUUCCCCUCUCUCAUCAAGGUGGACAUUCACGCCAAGGUCACUGACCCCAGUGUGGCCAAAAGCAUGAUGGGAUGUCUUCUAUCUUCACUUAAGGCCAACGGGUCCCUUGGUGCGUUCUGUCAGGUUCGUCAGUCCGACAAGAGAAUGUUGGACUUCUAUAGUAAACUGGGAUGCUUCGAAGUGGCCAAAAUGGAGGGCUUUCCCAAAGACGUCAUCAUAAUGGGACGCAGCCUAUGAAGAAACGUCCUGCUCCAAUAACAGACAGACGGAGAGAGAGAGAGCAAGUCAACGUGUUUGCUAACUUUCAUGAGAAAAACUUCCAUGAUGAUUUUAUACUACAUUACCAUGCGGGCUCGCCCCAGGAAACCUCUUUUUAGGAUUUGUGUACAGAAGCACAGCAGUCACACACACAAAUUCCCUGAGCUGCCCUUAAAAUGUUACAGCUGUGUUGGAUUCAGCAGAUCCGAAGCUAAAAGGUCGGGGAAGAGUGGCACUCCAGCAGAGAUUGUGGGGUCCCACUACUCAUAUACCUCCAGGAGGCAGGAAGUAAUAACUCCAUAAGCCUUUUCUGAUUUAAUCCAGUGGUCAUGGAUAUUGCCCACAUGCCCUAAUGCAAAGUGUCUGUAUCUGAAAUGGAGGCAGAGCUGUGAAAUAAGGGCGGCCUGUGUCUCAGGUAGUGUCUUACUACCCCUGCAUCCUGCUUUCCCAGCUUUGACAGAGAGAAAUAACGCAGCUGUCAACAUAAGUAGGACACCUUUAUACAUGUGAGGUGCUAUGUGAGAGUUUUCCUUUCAUCAUCACAUCAUGGUAUUUCCAGUUACUCCACAAUACACUUGGAGCAAGAGGCUUGUUUCUAUCAAAAAGUGAUGUGAAAUGCUGAGUCGGCACACGUUAAGGGUGGAAAAUUGUAGCUUUCGGGGUUUUAGAAACCUCCCAAUAAAAGAUCAUCACAGACCAGCAAGGGGGAAGUAUGUGUUGAGAUUGUUAAAGACUCCACCGGGAAGUCCUCUGAGUUUCUGUUUAAGUAGUAGACAUUUGGAAAGCAAUAGAAACGCUUCCACAAGUUUACAAUCAUCUGCCUAUUUCUGUUCAGCACUUUGCUUGUGGCCAUUUUUUCUUUUUAUAAUCUAGCAAGAUUUUUUCUUUUUUGCUUAUUUCCCUUUGAGCUAUUGCCUUUUGGUUCAUUGCCUUUUGUUUUUAGGUUGAUACGGCGGACCCUCAGUGCUUUCCAACACUUACCAGUCAUAUAUAGCUAGAGAUGGGUGAUUUUAGGACAGUGUCCUUGUUGUUGCUCAAAUUCCAGAGAUGUAGCCUGACAUUGACAGUCACAUGUCUUAGUUUUACCCCCAACAGAUCCCAAACUCCAGCACAGAAUCCUUCAGUCAGCCUAAGCUGAUUGACUUCUUAUUGACAAAUUAAUUUAAGUAGUUACUUAAAGUUAUACUAUACAGAAUUUUCUUAAAGAAAACAAUGUAUAGACUUAUACAAAAGCCUUUAAAGUUCAAGUAGUAACUCCUUGAACUUAAAUUAACUUUUUGUGAUAGCAGUACCCAGUAGGACCAAAAUCUUUAUAUUCUGAUCUGCUAUUAAGUACAAAAAAUGUAACAUUUGACUGGAUUGGAAUCAUAAAGAAGCAAUAACACUCCCAUUAUCGUAAAGCUGCUGUGUUUUUUUUUCUUAACCACUAAUUCCAAACAUGAAUAGCAGGUUAUCUGAGCUAUGUUCAAGAGAUAAGCAGUGUUAGGAAGUUAUCUUUUGCUUGUCACUGGUUUUACCUGUCAGCUUGCAUCUGUCCCUGCAUUGUUUCGCAUACUCUCAAAUGAAUGUCUUCUCAGUUGAGCCUUGGUGAGAAUCUGAAUAUGGUGUCAGUAAAGUGGCACUGACUCCCACACCAUUGAGUCGUAGUUGUGGGGGCUUGGAGCAGAAAUUCCAAGGCCUUUUCCUAUCUGUCCAUUGAAUGUUUUAUAUUCUGACGCAUUUCCCAUUUGUUUUUGUAAAUCUUGUGUAGUUGACUUUAAAAAAAGAACUUGGACUAUAGAUAGGAGUGUUCUGUUGGUUACAUGAGGAUCAUCAGUUGCUCUUCAGUAGCUGCCUGCCAAUGUGAUGUUUUGAUACUGUGUACAUUCAUUAUGUGCAUGAGGUGUAUUGGAUUUGCCGUGGCGGUCAUUAGAAUAACCUCAUCUCAUGCUACAUAGAGGAAGAAGCAUGCCACUCACCUCUAUGAGCAUGACACUGUAGUUUGUUGACAGUCUGUGAACACUGUCAUCAUAAAGUGUUAUUAUUUUGUAUAUCUUUAUUGAAAUUGUGGCUAGCUUUCUGUUGUCCUUUAAGGAAUUCAAAGUGCUGACCUUGUAACAACGCCCUGUCCUGUACAGCCAUGCCGGCUGUGUUUCAUUCAACAAGGAGUGAAACUCACCAACAGAUCUGCUGUUCGAAUUCUGAAACAACUGCAGAAUUUUCACUCUUGCUUUCAACGGUUUCGAUUCUUGAGCUUUCUCGUCAGCCAACCGGUUUUGAUAGAAAUGGGCUGUGACUGAAGGGAAAGGGCUCCAAUUGUACAUUUUGUUUAUCUGAGUUUGGGGUUGGGCAGGGAGGGGGGGUUGUAAAAGUGACAGUUUACCGAUGUAAAAUUUGUAUGUAAGAUACAUAAAACUAAUAAAUCAUAAUAAGUUCA